GGUAUAUCUGUCGCUCAGGCCUCUAUAAAUAAGUGAAAACACAAUCCCCAUUUCCCACCCAAAUUACCACCACAAUUGACCAUGGAACCACCCGCCCCAACCCCCACCCCUCUCCCAAACGACGUCGUAACCCAACCCCCACCACCCACACCAGUCGCACCCGCACCCGCACCCACCCCUACCCCUACCCCCGCCGCACCCACACCCCAACCACCACCACCACAACAAACCCCCAUCGCACCACAACCCUCACUCCAGCCCACUCCCCCAAACCCUAACCCUAACCCCAGACCCCCAAUCCAACAACCUCAACAACUUCCCGCCUCGACAAUCGUGAACACGCAGUCCAGACCGCCUUAUAACAGACCAGCAUGGGCCCAGCCUCCCCAACAACCCCAACAAACUCCUCAUCCUCAUUUCCAGCAUUUUCCGGGUUCGGCUCCGGCUCCGCCCGUGCCUGCGUUUUCAUCGUCUGCGGCGCCCCCGGUUUCAACUUUGCCUCAGAGAGGCGGAAUAGCUAUCGGUGUUCCCGCCACUCCUCCGCCCAAUUUCACGAAUAUGACUCCGGUUCAACCGCCUCAGUUUACUGGACAGCAGUUCAGUGGUUUGGCUCGGAACCCGGUUGCUAUGCCAGAUACGGGGCCAAGGUCGAUCACGAACCAGUUGAGACAGCCGAUACAAGGAAUUCAGGGGACUGGAAUGAUGGGAGCACCUUCAGCAAUGCGACCAGGUGGCGUUCCUGCACAACAUCAACAGAGGCCGGUGCAGCCAUCUCUUAGACCGCAGGCAAAUCUCAAUACUCAACCCCCGAAUUCCCAAAAUUUCCAAAACCAUAGCCUCUUAAGAGCUUCAGCUGUAGGAUCCCCUAGUUCAUCACAGGGUUUGCAGCCUCAUAAUCAACCUUGGCUACCUUCUGGAUCCCAAGGGAAGCCUCCUUUACCACCUACACAAUUCAGACCACCAUCAAGUACGCAGCCACCGCAGCAAAGAUCCAUCCUACCUCCACAUCAUCUUCCCAUUGCAAAUACUCAGCAACAGCAGCAUCAAAUAUCCUCUGGUCAACAAUCGCAAGCUGCACUCUCACAUCAGCAGCAAGAGCAUUACGGCCAACAAUACCCACCCUCAAGAAUCCAACAGUCUGUGCCCCAUCAGCAACAGAUUGCAAGAGGCCAGGGAAUUGGAAAUCAGAAAAUUUCCUCUCAGCCGAUGGCACAAUCUAGUGCUAUCCAACAGAACCCCUCUGGGGCAACUGCUGUUGUGGGGUCUGGUGAAUCUUGUACUAGAAUUCUUAGCAAAAGAAGUAUCCAGGAGCUGGUAGCUCAGAUUGACCCAUCAGAGACGUUGGAUCCUGAAGUAGAAGACAUACUUGUAGACAUUGCAGAUGAAUUCGUAGAAUCUAUAACAACAUUUGGUUGCUCUUUGGCCAAACAUCGCAAAUCAAACACUUUGGAAGCCAAGGACAUUCUUCUACAUCUUGAAAGAAACUGGAAUAUGACUCUUCCUGGAUUUAGUGGAGAUGAGAUCAAGGGAUACAGAAAACCGUCGUCUAGUGAGAUUCAUAGAGAAAGACUCUCAGCGAUAAAGAGGUCCAUGUUAGCUACUGAGACAACUAAUACCAAGGCUUCAGGUGGUCAAGCGGGAGGAAAUGUGAAAGGUCAUUUAAAGGGAGCUGCCAACAUAGUCGGUUCGCCAAAUCCUAGGAUGCGUGAUGCUUCAUGAAGCACUUAGCUGGCAGUUCAACAUCCAAUGGUUUUUAGUUUUCACCCACUUUAACCAUCCAAUAGUUUUCACCCACUUUAACCUGGGGCUAUUUUCACUCUAGCCUCUCCAAAACAAUUGGUAAUGGUAGAUUGGUUUUUGGUAAAAAUAUCGUAAUGGCAGUCUGUUGAAACAUUCUUUUUGUGAAUAGCAAGUUAGUUUUAAAUUCUUUAUUCUACUGAUAUUACUUUUCAGGAA